CGAUUGCAUCAUUACUUCUUCAUUCGCCUCAUCUCGGGGCGAAGUCGAGUUGGAUGAAACUUGCGCGCUGACGAGUCAUUUAGGCAGUCCACAUGAUUCAGCAAAGGCCGCCGCGCAUAGGUGCGUUACGACUGCAUACCGACCGCGCACCUCUCAAAAAUCGACUUUUUUAUUUUUUUCUUUUAUUUUUUCCUGUCUGGCCGCCUACCAGUUUCGCCCAGGUACCCGAAGAGGGUUGGUGGAUGCGCCCUGCGAUCUCGGCAGAUCGGCGUCGCUCACUUUCCAUCCCACCUGCACUCACAGCUGCCCAGGUGCCCGCCAACCCCCCUCGCUCGCUGUCUCGCUUACCUCACCCUCGAAGCCGAGCUGCCCUUGCCUUGCGCAGCUGCUCUUGGUGCUGCCUGCCACGAAUGGGUUACAAAGCAAAUUCCACGACGACGACCACCACCACCACCACCACCGAUUUCCGCGCCCCGACAUUUUAUCGACACGCCCCCCUAUGCCCGCUAGCGACCUUCUAGUCAUCUUCAGGGCAGGCAGUCAGUCACCGUCUCACAGAUUUCCCAUGGUUCACUAACGCCGUACCUGCCCGUAUCGUGGACGAAUCACGAGGGUAUUUUCAUGGGAUUCG